AAUAAAAAUAAUAAUAAUCGUCCUUCACUUUCUGUGGUCCAAAUUCUCUAGUGGGUCUUCUCACUUGUUUGUCCUCUACAGAGUGAUUCUACUCUUGGAAGAAAUGGCAGGUGGGUCAAGCAGAAAGUUUAUGCUGCAAAAGCCAGGGCUAACACCAGGAAGAUCAUAGCCAAACCCACUUCCCUUCCACUUUCCUUCAGCUAUGAUUGCACCAAUUGCAGUGGCAUUGGCAGUAGGUCUUCUGGGGUGGGCUUAUAAGGCAUUGAAGCCCCCACCUCCAAGAAUAUGUGGAUCACCAGAUGGUCCUCCUGUCACUUCAACUAGGGUGAAACUCAGUGAUGGAAGGCAUUUGGCCUACAGGGAGUCUGGAGUUCGAAAGGAAGAGGCUAAGUACAAGAUCAUUGUCGUUCAUGGCUAUGACAGCUCAAAAGAUCUAGGUCUACCUGUCCCACAAGAACUUAUAGAGGAGCUAAAGAUAUAUAUCCUGUUCUUCGACAGAGCAGGUUAUGGAGACAGUGAUCCCUAUCCUUCGCGCUCAGUGAAGAGUGAAGCGUUUGAUAUUCAAGAACUAGCUGAUCAAUUGCAGAUUGGGUCUAAAUUUUAUGUAAUUGGAAUCUCAAUGGGAGCUUACCCUAUUUGGGGUUGCCUGAAGUACAUACCACAUAGGUUGUCAGGAGCUUCCCUUGUUGUUCCUUUUGUGCACUACUGGUGGCCUAUUUUUCCUGCCAAUCUAUCAAGAGAGGAAUUUAGAAAGCUGCCUCCAUCGUACCAACGGUCAUUUCAGAUUGCACAUUACGCUCCUUGGUUAUUCUAUUGGUGGAUGACUCAGACAUGGUUCCCUAAUUUGAGCACAGAACAAGGAGCAAUGUUCGGCGACCAAGAUUUAGAGAUAUUGAAGAGUUUGUCAGUGCCUUUAAAUGCCGGCCAGGAAAAGAUAAAACAGCAAGGUGUUUAUGAAUCACUGCAUCGAGAUAUAAUGGCUGGUUAUGACAAAUGGGAAUUUGAUCUCAUGGAUAUAACCAAUCCAUUCCCUGACAAUGAUGGUGCAGUUCACAUUUGGCAGGGCUAUGCAGACAGGAUCAUCCCUUUUAAGCUCAACCGCUAUAUUUCAGAGAAGCUUCCAUGGAUUCGUUAUCACGAGGUUCCUGAUGCAGGGCAUUUGAUGAUCUUCAAAAGCAGUACAUGUGAAGCCAUUUUAAGGGCACUUUUGCUUGGAUAAACUUCUCUCUAUGAGGCAUACUAUGAUGGUAUCUCACCAAAAAUAGACUCUUUGAUGUUCCCGCUUAGGUAUUGCUUCUAUACUGCUAUGGUGGUAAUGUAAAUGGUGAAACUUUCUUCCUGUGGAAUCAAAUCAUAUAUCAUAUAUAUAUAUAUAAAAGCUGAGUUCUUCCUUAUAAAA